AUGACUUCCUAUCAAUUACUAGAUCAGAGAGAGGAAGAUGAACUUCACAAGUCACGCCUUCUCAAUGUCGAAGAGAAACCCUUUAAACGUAUCACCAAGCGCCUACUCUCUCCUGGGUCUCUUGUCAUUACACCAAGCAAACUUCCUACACCACCAUUAGAUACCACUGAAGAGACAGGAGAAUCAGACCGACAAAAAUUUCUCGAUGAACGUCGACAGUUGCGCGAAGAUGUACUCCUCGAUUUCGGAGCAUUCAACAGCAGUUUGGCGCGUAUCCAGUUUCUACGCAAUAGUAACGAACGGGAGCGCGAGAGGUAUAAGGCUGACAAGGAACAUAUCUUGGAGACGGCACAAGCGGUGAGAGAUAGCACUGCGCAGUUGAGGAUCCAAUUGGAGGAAGCGAGGAAGACAUUGGAGCAAAGGAAGAAGUUUGAUGAAUUGGCCGAGAAGAUUACGAAUAAUAUGUUGUUGCGACCACGAAAGGAUCAAGAGAUUAAUUUGAGGAAACUGGAAGAGGAAUGUAAAGAGCUAGAAAGGGAGAGCAGAACAUAUGGUGAAACAUGGAAGGAGAGAAGAGAACAAUUUGGUAGAAUUGUUGAGGAAGGAAUGCAGUUGAGAAGAUUAAUUAGGGAUGAGAAAGAAGAGGUCGAAAGACGAGAAGGAAUGGAUGGAGGGGAAGAAGAUGGUGAAGUUGGAGAUGGGCAAACUCCUAGACGCAAUAGCACAAGCGGCGAUGCAACACCAAGGCAAGGAAGUCCGGAAAGAGGCACACUCAAACCUAGACCUAUGCCUUCUGGUUCAAUGUCAAGACCUGACUCAAGGUCUGGUUCAAGACCAGGAUCAAGGUCUGGUUCGAGAGGGAGAUCAAAAAGUCGAAUAGCAUCGCCAACAAGGUCAGAACGGGCUAGAAGUCGAAGACGUAGAGAGGAAGAUGGAGAUGAUUCUGCGAUGGAAGAUACAAAUAGUAGACAAUUGGACAUGGAUCCUACAGUCGAUACCCCUAUGGUGGAUGGAAUGAAUUCAACACAAGAUGAAGCACAAGAAGGAACUCCACAAGUCACGAUUAAUGAACCAGAGGAGGGAGCAGUGGGUGAGGGAGAAAUUGGUGAUAAGAUGGAUACCACAUAG